AUGUUCGAUUUCAAGGUUUUACUUUCAGUUGGUACGUAUGCAUAUAUAGGAAACAAAGCAGAAGCAAUUAUUAUCUCAAUAUUUUUCAAUACCUUUUUUUAUCAACAAAGAGCGAUUGGAGGAGAUUUUGUUCAACAAAAGAAAACGGUGAUUGGUUGCUACGGAUUCAAGGUUAUAUUUGAGUUAAGAACUUGGACGUCAUUCGUUCCGUUUUCUUUUUGCAUUUUGCCGUCAAUUUACUCAAGAAACUACUUCAAGAUUGUUCCUCUCCUGGAUUGCCGUCACCUGGUUAAAGAAACCCUCCUGGAUCACCCAGGGAUAAAGCUAGCGAUGGAGAUAACCCCUUCCAUAUUAAAGCUACUCGAAGAAGAAGAGGACGAGACAAUGCAUUCUAAAGCUGACGUGGACGCAUACCAGGCCGCCUUGAAUCGUGAUAUACAAGGCCAUACCUCCAUUUCUCAGCCUCUUUCUCCUGGAAAAUCCAUGAAUGCUUGUGAUUUCAACGUUUUAAAAUUAGAGCGAGUUUUGUCUCAAGGAAACCAUCAAACCGUUGACCAAGAUGGAAGAGCUAUCAACUUACAUAGUCAACAAGCUCUUCAAAGUGCCCAGCAGACACAGCAGAAUUUGCCGGAAAUGGAGCAUGUGCCUCAUGGAUCCAUUCCUGAGAAUCUGCAAAAGCAACCAAUUGAUGUACCUGAAGGACUCAAUUGGCUCCCGAUACAACAGAAACAAUCCCAAGAUGCAGGACAAAUUGCUGGUCAGGUUUCUCAAACUACUGGGAUGCAGACUUCUCAAUGGAAUGCUAUCCAAACACCUGUAUCAGACAAUGAAUCACAAUGUUUAAAAUUACAGAAGGUGGGUAACCAGGAGACAAUUGGUGGAAAACAAGUAUCUUUUGCUGUAUUGAUGCCUACUUCACUGCCCCAACUUGAUAAGGACAGAGCCAUGCACUUGGACAUCGAAUUUUUAUUUUUUUACAAAUUCUCAUAAAUGAAAAAAGAGGUAUUUGUUCGGCCAAUGAGUGAUAUUGUAGGAAAUGAAAAGCUGAGGUUGGCUGUUCCUAACAAGCUUAUGAGUUCUAAUCAAUUUCUAUUACAUUCCCAGGCCUCAGCACAACAAAACAAUCCAAGGAUGCCAUCGUUUACUGCUGGUAUCUCACAGAUCGCUGGUCACCAUUCAUUUUCUCAGCUGCAAAACUACCCUGCCAAUUCAUCUCAUGCUCACUCACCAGUGGUUUCUGUGCUGACUGGUUCAAGUUAUCCAUCAUUUGUAAACAAUGCUCAAAAUUCUCGAGAGAUGGAUAACCAAUCAGGUUCUCGCAUUGGAGUACUAGGAAGCCAAAUUUCUUCUUAUAGUUCAAGCGCUGCAAAUCAAGAGAUAGAUUAUGCUUCAAUUCCUGGGCAAGGAGUUCACAAGCAGCAACAACGACAUUUGGCUUCCUAUUCUGAAACAGAUGUGAAUACUUCAGGAUCCUCUUUUAUGUCACAACGUCAUGAUUCGCAAAUGAGGCAACUUACUCAUCAUCAAAGCUUGUCAAUUCCUGUAAGAGGGCCAAUGCAAGCCAUGAACAUGAUGAAUUGGGCAAAACAUGAGAGGCAAAACUCUAUUAAUGACACAACUAGGUUGCAGGGUGGUUCACUUAGUCACAUUUCAAGCAAUCCGUUUCCUUUUCAAGUUUCAGGUAGUAAGGAGCCGAAGAAUAGCCCUUUGUCAUCAGUGGCAUAUAUACAGCAGAAAUCUGUUGAUCAUGGUGCUCAGCUGCAGCCCAAGUUGCAUUUAUCUGCGCCCCAGAGACCAUCUGUUGCACAGGUUUUUCAAAGAAAUGCAGUUCCGGCAACUUCAACGGAUAAGCCUUUAGAGAAGCAGCUGAUUAAUUUUGGCAAUAUGAUGCCCAUGAAUUCAGUCUCUCCUUCAUUGUCGUCUCAGCUGGACCAUAAUGUCCUGUUGAGCUCUCAGAAUCUAUCAGUUACCUCUCCAGCUGAUGCCAAUGCUAGAAAACCUAGGAAAAAGCCUUCUGUUGGCCAGAAGAAACCACUUAAAACUCUUGGUUCAUCACCACCUCUGCCAAGUAAAAAGCAAAAGGUAUCUAGGGCCUUUUCUGACCAGAGUAUUAAACAACUCAAUGAUGUCACUGCUGUUAGCGGAGUCAAUCUUCAGGAAGAGGUGGAGCAACUAUUUUCUGGGCACAAGGCGGACAGUCAAGUUUCAGAAGCAUCUAGAAGGGUUGUCCAUGAAGAAGAAGAAGAAGAAAGAGGGAUUCUAUUGAAAACUCCUUUGCGGAUUAAACUGACUGAAAUUAUUGCCAAACAUGGUUUGAAGAAUAUAAACAAUGAUGUGGAGCGGUGCUUAUCAUUGAGUGUCGAGGAACGAAUGCGUGGACUGCUAUGCAAUUUAAUCAGACUUUCAAAACAGAGGGCUGAUGCUGAGAAGCCUAUGCACCAGAAGCUUAUCACAUCAGAUGUUCGGCAACAAGUCAUUAGAUUAAACUGCAAGGCGAAUGAAGAAUGGCAUAAAAAGAAGGUUGAAGUGGAGAAGCUCCAGAAACUUGAUGAGACAAACAAGAAGGAUGAUGACAAGAUGAUGGCCACUGCUGCAAAUGUUGCUGCACGUGCUGCUGCUGGGGGAGAUGACAUGUUGUCAAAAUGGCAACUUAUGGCUGAACAAGCCCGCCAGAGACGUGAGAGGGGAAUAGAUGCAGCAUCCAGUUCUCAAGCAAGAGCAAUUAGAAAAUUUGGCCAGAACCAAGUGAUCGUGGCUCGAACUAUUUCUGUUAAGGAUGUAAUUGCUGUAUUGGAUAGGGACCGCCAAAUGUCUAGGUCAACACUGAAUUAUCGCUUGCAUGAGAGAAUCCGCUCCAUGGCUUCCGAUUAGGGAUCAAGGUGCAUCUUAUGCUGUAUAGUCUCAUGUUUUCCAUCAGGGCUCCGAUUAUGGAAUUGGAUUGGGAUUUCAGAUGUCUUAGCUUGAUGCAUGCAUGCAUCUCUAUUGCAGGAAAAUUUGAUACAACAGCUGGAUAGCUAAUUCAAAGGUUUAAUGUGGAAACCAUUAAGGUUUUCUAGUCAGAUUAUUUUGGUUUCUUGAACAUGGGAUCUAAUAGUGUUUGUUUAGGUGUGCUGUAAGUGAGAAGUGAGAACCCUGGCAAUUGGCCUUUUGCUCAGAAUAAUGCCAAAAAGAAAGGAAAAGAUACGCAGUAGAAAGAGGGUAAAAAUAUUUCCUCUGCAAUUGUUAAUCGUGGACUGCCUGACUCGUUAAAUUAAAAUUGGUUAGCAAAUUACAUGCAGAGUGAGCCUCGCCUGGACAAUGGACAUAACUACUCAAACAAAGUGA